AUGAGAUGUUUCUGCUGCGCCGAAUCAGCGGAGUCGGAGAUGGUGCUCCCAGCCGUCCGGGACCGGGACGAUGCAGCACCGAUCAGCAAAGCCGCCAUUGGCAGCCCCACACUGGGCCCCACACGCAAGGCGAAGACCUUUCAGGUGGACCUCCUGCGCGAUGAGACGCGCAAAUAUGGACUGGACGUGUCCGCUGCGGGAAAGGUAUGUAUGGUGAAUUCCGUCCAAGACGAUAGCCUUGUCGCAGAUUUGAACAAAGCACUCCAGGAGAAGGGCGACUCGGAACGCAUCAUUCGACCCUUUGACCGGCUCCUGUCCUUUAAUGGGAAGGAAGCACCGCAGAAAGGGAAGGAAGUCAUGGAGAUGCUGAGAAAUACUCACGGAUCCAUCUCCAUUCUGGUGCAGCGACCUUUCAUUCACAAGGUGGUCGUGGAAAAGACCGUGGACCAGCUUGGUAUUUCGAAGAUCGACGGCAGCACCUUCCUUUUGGUCACCAACAUCUCUGAUGCACGGCAUGUGAUAAGUGGUAUGUUUUCGGAUUGGGUAUUCAGUAGGAGCUAUAGGAACCUACAGGAUAAGUAUAUAUAUAUAUAUAAAUAUGCAUGUAUUGUUCUUUCUGCUGUUCUUGUUGUAACAAGUUGUUGUAGUUGUUUGUAG